GAGUAAUGAGAUUUCGCUAACAUGAUAUAAAUUAAAUUAAUUAUGAAGAUGACAAGUUCGCGACGUUGAGAAACUUUCCCAAACCGCAAUUAUACCGGUGACGUAAUUAAACUGUCCUUAAUACAAUUUAUUACAUCCAGCAUCACAUUCAGUUAUAUCAGUUUGUUCUUUGCAUUGUGUCUAAUCCAUUGUGAAUCUAAAAUACAACAUCCACAUAAAUAUCUUAUACGUAUCAACGAAGGACCUCUUAAGUUAUCAUUUGACUUGCUAGAAAUAGCAGUCAAAUGUUUGUAUGUAAUGAAAAAAAAAUAAAAGGUUACUGUUCAGUUAGCAGGGCUUGCUGUAUUAGCUUUUUUAAGACGCCAACUGUAUUUCACUUUGUCAAACAAAGCGACAUGGGAAAGAUUUUGUUUCUGUAGUACAAUAAAAGGAAGAUUUUGACUUAUUUGCUGUCUAAAAAUUAGGGCACUUCUUCGCUAUUUGAAGUGAGGAAAUAAACUAUUUAAAAUAAAUGAAACAAUUGAAAUGUAUUAUACAUAUAUACAUUAUUGAUCGGGCAUCAACAACAACACAAAUAUACAGAACAAUGCGAAGAAAUUUUCUAGCAUUUCAGAAUGUUUUAAAUUAUGUUAGGCAUCUUUCAAUUUUGUCGCCGGUAUCAUUGAGGUGAGGGGAAAAUAUAUGAACGACACCGCCGUAUCUUUGUAAUUACUUCAGGUGAGUUAAUUAGAUCAUGUAAACAUUGUCUCAUUACAUCUAAGACAAGAAACUGGACCGUUAUAGAUUAUAAUCACAGAUAUUUCUAGAGCUUUUAAGAAUUCCUGGUUAAUUAAUAUGGAAGACGUUAAGGACUUGGACACUUCCAACGUAACAUUUGCUGAAGGAAAAUCAUUUCAUAGCAAUAUUACUGAAAAAAACUGUGAGAUUUGUAGUAAAAUAUUCUCGUCGGAAGAGGAAUUAUUAUCACACAAAGAAAUACACAAGACAGAAAAACCCUACCACUGUGAAAUAUGCGGGAAAUCUUUCCCAUCGAACGUUUUUCUAACAACACACACAAGAACACAUACAGGAGAGAAACCAUUUCACUGUGAGAUAUGUGGGAAAUCGUUUGUAAAUAAUUCUCAUCUUGCAAUUCACAAAAGGAUACACACUGGAGAAAAACCAUAUCAGUGUGAAAUAUGCGGAAAAUCUUUCACUCAGAAUGCCAGUCUUGUUAUCCACGUACGCAGUCACACCGGAGAGAAACCUUUCCAUUGUAAUAUAUGCGGGAAAUAUUUUGUUUCUAAUAUUAUUUUGUCACGUCAUAAGACGAUACAUACUGGUGAGAGACCAUUUCAAUGUGAAAUAUGUGGAAAAUCAUUUAUUAAUAAUUCGAAACUUGUCAUUCAUAUACGUAGUCAUACUGGAGAGAAACCAUGCAAUUGUAAUGUUUGUGGGAAGUGUUUUGUCUCCAAUAGUAGUUUGGCAAUUCACAAAAGGCUGCACACUGGAGAGAAAUUGUUACACUGUGAAAUAUGUGGAAAAAGUUUUAUAAAUAAUUUGAAACUUGUCAUCCAUGAACGUAGACACACUGGAGAAAAACCGUUUCAUUGUGAAAUAUGCGGGAAGUCUUUUAUUGAAAAUGCUAAGCUUACAAUCCACCAACGUCGGCACUCAGGAGAAAAACCGUAUGUGUGCGAAGUAUGUGGCAAAUCUUAUGUAAAUAACAGUGAUUUAAAAACUCAUGAACGAAUACAUAGUGGUGAAAAACCCUUCAGUUGUGAAAUUUGUGGCAAGUCUUUUCUCUAUAGCAGUAAUUUGAAAAGACAUAGUAGGAUACACACUGGAGAAAACCCGUUUCACUGUGACAUAUGUGGCAAAUCUUUCUCUGAUAAUUCUAAUCUCGUAGUUCACAAACGUAGACACACUGGAGAAUUACCACAUCAUUGUGAAAUUUGUGGCAAAUCGUUUGUAAAUAACAGUGAUUUAAAAACACAUGAACGAAUCCACACUGGAGAGAAACCUUUCCACUGUGAUAUAUGUGGGAAAUCGUUCUAUGUGAAUUCACAACUUGUAGUUCAUAAAAUGAUGCAUGCUGGUGAAAAUCCUUAUUCUUGUGAUAUUUGUGGGAAAUCUUUUCUGACUAAUAGCUUAUUAAAAGCACACAAAAAAAUACACACUGGAGAGAAACCUUAUCACUGUGAAAUCUGCGGGAAAGCUUUUCUUAAAAACCACGAUUUAAAACGUCACAAUCAAAUACAUACAGGAGAGAAACCUUACCAUUGUGAUAUAUGUGACAAGUCGUUCUGUAAAAAUUCUUCCCUUGUUGUGCACAAGCAAAUACACACGGGAGAAAAGUCAUAUCUUUGUGAUAUGUGUGGGAAAUCUUUCUCUCGAAAUUUUGAUCUUAUGAGUCACAAGCGUAGACACACUGGAGAAAAACCUUGUGCCUGUGAAGUGUGUGGGAAAUCUUUUGUUAAUAACAGUGAUUUAAACAUACACAAACGGAAACACACGGGAGAAAAGCUGUUUCACUGUGAAAUAUGUGGGAAAUCGUUUAUUACAAGCAGUCUUUUAAAGAGACAUGUACGCAUACACACUGGAGGGAAGUCUUUAAAAUGUGAGACAUGAGAGGUUUUUGCUUGUAAGUCUAAAUUUAUAGACCAGUAACAAGUAAACACUGGAGACCAUUUAUUCCUUUAGCAUUUGAACCAGCAAAAAUAAUAUUUCUGUUUUGUGUACAAACUGGCUAGAUUUAGCCUUUCACACCUACCCUACAGUGUCAUUCUAAAAAUGAAUAAUUCCAUCAUCAAAAUCUGAAAGUUAUGAGAUAAUGCAUCAUUAAUUCAAAGCAAUGUGAAUAAAUAAGCUUUACAUUUUGACAGGGUAAUCUGAAUUUUAAAGGGUUAAUCUUAGUGUAAUUAUAUUGGAACUCAAUCUCAUUGUAUUCUCAUCUUUUAAUAUAGAAAUGGAAUCUCAUUUCAGAGAAAUCUUAACUCUUUUACUCGUUUCAGUCAUUUGACUGUGGCCAUACUGGAACACCACCUUUAGUCGAGUAAAUCAACCCCAGGACUUAUUUUUUGUAAGCCUAGUACUUAUUCUAUCGGAUUCUUUUGCCGAACUGCUAAGUUACGGGGACAUAAACACACCAGCAUCGUCUAUCAAAUCCUCUCACAAGGCUAUGGUAGGAGACACUUGCCCAAGGUGCUGCUUGUUUCUCCCCUGUAUAACUGUUUUCUACCAGCUCUCAGGUUCUUGUUCUAGUAUCCUCUCUUUCGUUAAUUUCCUUUUGUGGCAGGAGGGGGGGAGGAGACAACCCUCUGGUGCUGGGGAACAACUGAACAGAGAUAAGAUAAGGCAGAGAGGAGAAGUCUUUAUGCUCACUGAAAACAUGACAGCUCCUUGAUGUAUCCGACUAAAGUUAGCAUUGUAAAACGUGUGAAUUACAUGAAAAUUAUCAAAAUAUGUUUGAACUCAUUCCCUCUUGUUUGUUAUCUUGUAAUUAACAGAUACACCCUGCAGAAAGAUCUCUUUGAUUUUAUUUGUCUUUAACCCUUUUGUUACCAACCCACCUCUGGCUCUGUAGUACAAAUGUCUUGUUUUCAUAAGUUUUGAAUUAAAAUCUUCCACCAAACCUUAGUCACAAUUUAUGUUCUUAACACUAGCUGAAUGAUAGCUAAGUUAUUUUACUAAAUUCUUUGUUAUAUUUAAAAUUAAUUGAAAGAAACACAGAGCAUCUCAAAAUAAAUACAGUAAUGAAAGGUUUAAAGUUUAUAAGACAAUCUCAUUAAUUAUGACUGGCAAAACAUCAUCAUUUAACGUCUGUUUUCCAAGAUGACAUGGGUUGGAUGGUUUGACAAGAGGUUGGUAAGCCAAAAGAUGGUGCCAUUUCCAGGUGUGGUUCUGACGUUAUUAUGUUUUUCAAUAUCGUUCUCCCCGUAAACACAUUUAAGGGUCUUUUUCUGGGUUAUAUGCGAUGCUUAAAACAGAAUUCCGCUGCUGGCAUCUGCCAGGCGAAUUUUUUUCCGAAUAUCUUUCUCGUUGCUUUCAAAAUGUAACAACGAUAUUCAUCAAGUUUGUUUUGUUUUUUCUUCUUCAAUCAGAGUUCUUCUCAUCAGAACUAAUAGCAGACUGGAUGAAACUGAAGAAUCAAACAGAUCGAAUUGGAACUGUAUAUGAAUCGAUUAAACUAUAUUAGGAACUUUUAACUUAAAACACCGGAAUAAUUAUAGCAAGGGGAAACUAUUAGCGACACCGCCAACUUGCUAUUGUAAUUAGUUCAGCAAAUUCCAUAAAAUGAUGUAAACAGUUAAAUGAAACUGAAUUAUUUUAGAUUAAUAUUAACAUACACCUCUGCAGCUUUUAAGAAUUCCUGGUCAUUAAUUAUGGAGGAUGUUAAUCACUUGGGAUCUUCUAACGAUGUAGAUUCAGCUUCACAAACAUACAACUGUGAGAAACUUGCACGCAAUGAAAAAUUCACUGAACAGAGAUCAAGACAGAGAAAUAUUACUGAAUAUAGCUGUGAGAUUUGCAAGGAAACAUAUUUUUCAGAGCAUGAAUUAAUCACACACAAAGACAUACAUAAGAAGGAGAAACCAUAUCAGUGUGAAAUAUGUGGAAAAGCUUUCACUCACAAUUCGAAACUUGUUAUCCACGUACGUAGUCAUACAGGAGAGAAACCUUUCCAUUGUAAUAUAUGCGGGAAAUAUUUUGUUUCUAAUAUUAUUUUGUCAAGACAUAAAACGAUACAUACUGGCGAGAGGCGGUUUCAGUG